AUGGCCUUCGAUUCUAAAAGUCCGACUGCUGCUUCUUACUCGCUCGGCUUAUCGCCUGGAUUAUUGUAUUUCGCUCAAAACUUUCCAAGCCGCGCAUCUUCAAGCCCAACCGAACUAUCCUCGCCCAGCCUACCUUCCAGACCACCACCAAAUCCGUUCUCUUGCCUGGAUUCGCUACGCAGUCUUGAGAAGAACCUUACUCAGCCUAACCUGUUCGACGAAACUCAUCAACAGAACUCCGAUUGGUCAACUGGCAUCAAUAGAUUGAUCGUACGCGCGCCCGUAGCCCAUGCAGGCCUCAGCAACUCGGAUCCGAUUUUUGAAGAUGAAGAACUCUGCUGGAAAGGAUCCACCUUGAUCUGGUCGAAAGGAAGCUUGAUAUUUAGAAAAUUUGAUUAUUCAACUACUACCUCACCUCUCAGUCAACAAUCGACCCUUACCACAUCCAGGCAACAUGUCAUCCAGGCUCUUUUUGCCUAUUUUGAUCCCCCCAGCUCGAUAGACCCCUCAACUACUAGUACCCCAGCCGACCACCUGCAGACACAUCUGUCCUUUGAAGAUCGACUCCAGUCCACUCAAUCCGAGAAAUCUAAAACUCCACCUGCGACCUCAAGCCUUCAUACAUCUCCCCCUGAACCCUGGUCCGAUAAUCGAUUGACCCAGCGCUCCGAUCAACAGAAACGAUUGAGGUCGUCCACAACGACUCCCGUUCGUGCGCUAUGUGUCUUAUUAUCUGAAGUCUUCAAGAUCUAUUUUGACACAGGCGAAGAAUACACCCUGGCCGUCCCAUUUCCUAUUCAAAAAGUCUGGCCGAUUGGAAGAGGCGUGAUGAUGAUGAAAAAACCCACCUCGGUCCGUCCUCGACCGUUUAUUCGGACAUCCCAUGUCUCGCCUGGUCAUUCAAAUCAACUCAAGCUAAGGAACAUGUCAAGAAGAAGUAUUCUGGGUGACAGUCGAUGGCCAUCAUCUGCGCAGGCCGCCUCAACUUCAGAUCUCCCGGGGUUUGAUAGCAUGAUCACUGAGAAUGAGACGCAUCUGUGGUCCAGUUUUACUGGGGCCGAUUUGGAGGAUCGUCACGUUCCUGAUCAUGACCAGUUGGAAGAUGGCGACGAAGGUGCUGAUGAACGCGAUCUAUCAGCUGAAUUAGCACGCUAUUGGGCCGAGCGGAAACAAAUCGAGGCAUCGAUGUUGUGGACACUCUCUGAUCCAUGCACUCACUACCUUCAACCGGUCUUAACCACUGAAAGAAUCAUCCUGCCCGACAACAGCUCGGAAUCCAAUUCAACAACAACAAUAUCUGACGAACAAGAUAAUGGCACAGAUGAAAAAUCCGCGACGUCCUCUCAAUUUUGCCACGCAUUUGUGCCCCUGACGCCAUUGGUCACUCCCUCUCGGCGGCCUGGUUGCGCGUUAUCAUCGGGAACAGUGGUUUACGUAGCCGAUCCCAAGACAGAUCCUCACCAUCCCAUCUGUAUCACAGCUUCCACCGAAGGAUUCACGAUACUUCUGUAUGGCCGUUUACCAUCAAGCGCCGCGAUCCCCUCUGGACUGAUAUCGCCUUUUGAGUGUCCAUCGCCUGUCGGUAUCCCUGAAGAAGAUCCUAUUGAAGAUGAAAUUUUUCUCAAUCCUCUGCGCUCCCCCACUCCACCCUCUCUGCCUCAACUUAAUGAAGAGCCUCAAUUACGCAGAAGUCCAAGAAAAAACCCAGCAUCGCGUAUCAAUCUUUCACCUGUCGACCCUUUGAAGAGCAACCCCCAGGUCCCUAAGCCUCCCAUCGAUGCACACAAACUCAGUCCCACUUUUGCUAGGACUAAUCGCAACCUGGCUCGCCUUGGAGGUUUGGGACACCCUUCGUUACGGCGAAGCUUGAAUCACUCUCAGGGAAACCCUGCUGCUUCGAUUUCGAUGAAGAAACGUGGUAUGAACGCCGCGCCGACGGUAAACUCUAACGUAGUUGGAGGAAGAAGAGUGAGCGUUGUUAGCAACACGAGCAAUACGAGCUUUGCCUUUGGAUCGUCGGCCGGGCCAUCCGCGUCUGUCCCUGGGGCUAAUGCAAUGGCCAAACCAUCCAGCAGAAAGAGUUUGGCCGAACAGCAAUUGGAAAUGAUGUCUGGGGCUGCCGCAGGCAAUCGGAUUGGAACUGGGAAUUCAGAAAAAGUUGCUCACUCCAUAGGGCUGGAUCGUGAAGCUGGUGGUGGAUUUGAAGAAUGGUUCGACGGGAUCAUGGAUUCAGAACCUAGCGAUCGAAAAAUUGAUGGUCAUUUAGCUGAUGAAGCUUUGGAGCCAGAAUUCAUCAUUCAGACUUUGGAAACUGUUGAAAUCCCCGGCCGGCUGACUGCAGAAGAGCUCCCUUCCAUCCAUGCGACUAUCUAUGACUCCCGGGGACCAACUGCGUAUCUGGCGAUCUGCAUUCCCAGCAAAGCGGCAGUGCACGUGUUCCGAAUGACCAGGACCCGAAAUUCCAUUUCCAUCAGGUCGAUCGGAAAGCCUUGGGAGGGGACAGCUAUUGGAUCUGUCUUGUGCAGUCGACCCAAUGUUUACGACCUUUUUAAAUUCUCGAAUUCGACUGGACUCGUUGAUAUCGUUUCUGCUGAUUCUGCUUUCUUACAUCAAUUCUCUCACCCUGACAUGGUUUGGUCAGCCGAGCGUAGUGUCAAACCUUCGGUUGGCUAUCAUGUUGAAUUCAUAUCACCUCUAGCAACAAUCAAGCACCAAUCCAAUGCCACGCCCAAAAUCUUUCGUGCAGAUCUGAAACUCUGGCCUUUGAAUCCGCUCAUCAGAAAAGUCUUUCAAGUUUUAUCUGAAGAGAUUGGGAAUAUGCAAGUUUCUUAUUUUGUUCAACGCUACAUUAAGCAGAGCUCAACCUCCAAGUCUGCCAUCGAUUGCUUGGAGACAGUCUUGUAUGAAGCACUAAUAGGAGAAGAAUUACAACAGCCACAGAAAAAUAGCGACCCAUCAUUGACUCCUGAGCCUGAAUUAGGAAGUAUUAUCAACCAAAUCAAUGGGCUCAGCUCUGACCCCGUGCUGAACCACCUCAGAUUCAUCAGACAACUGAAGCGGCCGAACACAUCUCACCAACCUGAUCAGCCACCAGCAAAGCCUCCUGGCUCUCCCAGAAAGCGACGAACGCAACCGACUAUCGGGCGGCGCUUGCCACUCAACCCGGAGCUCAGGACCAAAGUCAUGCUCGGUUUGGGGAGACUGUAUGCUGACCUAAAAAUAUCAAUGUCUUGUCUAGAGCAGCACGUUACGCUGGGCAAGAUAUUGUUAAAGCUGUCAAGCUGUUUAGGUUGGAUCAACUGGUCAGACAACUUGAACCGAUCACUCAAUGGUACCAUCGACGCAGCAGUCAGUUUCUCAGCGUGUUCUGCAGGAAAGUUAGAAGAACCCGAAAUGCCGGACCUCUGCGACCACUUGGAGCGCAUUCGUCUUGCCAUUGGCUCUCCGUUCGGCAAAUUCUUUGAAAAAAGUGCCGAUGAUUUCAAUAUGGGUCAAGUCUAUCAAAAACCGAAUAUGGGUUUCUAUGGGGGUCCGGAAAGUUGUCAACUGACCAAACAAAUCACGAAAUUAUAUCGGACUCUAUUCAAGCCGGAUAAAAGUCUACUACAGGCCGCCAAAGGUGUCUUGAUGGAAAUUGAUCGGUUUGGCUGGGGCCUCGAUGACCUCGAUGAUUUAUGGUUUGGGAUCGCAGUGCCAUUGAAGGAAGCGUUACGAUACUGCCAAUACCGGGCCCCACAAGGGUUGUCUGCUCGGUGCUAUCAACUUAUGGGACGACCUGAUCUGGCUAUGCUGACGGAACAAGCGAAUGAAACAGUUGCAAAAGACUACCAAUUGCCUCCCCGCCGCCCUGCCUUACGAUCGAAUUCAUCUUUCCAUAUUACGACCAAACCUCCUCCGUCCAUCUCCCAGUUAUGUGCUGCCGCAGUUCCGAUCGAAGAACCAGUCAUUCCUCCGACGGAACUCGAUUUCCACUCCUUAGAGGAAGCGUCUUCUGAUCACAGCAAGGCUGCGCGAUUCAGUGAUGACAUGAGGAUAAUCGAUGCUGCUAAAAUGUUGAACUAUACUCAAGAAGUGAAAGUAAAAAUGCAUGAAUCGAUUGCAGAGAUGACAAGCACCGAUGUUGCUCGGCAUUAUUCCAACUUCUUCGUCGGUAUCAUAAGGAGGACAAUGUCUUUACCAUUUGGAGGAGCGUGUUUUUGGUACAAAACAGAUUCUAACGUCGCAGUUAACGUGCCGAUGAUCAAACUAGACAUCAGGAUUUCAUCACCAGCGAUAUUGAUCCAACCGGAUCUCGCAAAAGUUGAACCGCUUGCUUGGCCACGUUUUCAUGCAGGCGUUGCGGCGGCGUUGAGUCUAUCUGUCAGGCCAGAGGAGUUUGAUAGCUCCCAGAUCUCACUUGCUCGUCCCGAAGAACUAGACGAUCGACAUGCGGGUUACCUAUUAGGACUCGGUCUGAACCAACAUUUACGUUCGAUCAAUCGUGUACAGAUCUUCCGGUACCUUGAGACAAAACACGAGAUGACCUCAAUCGGUGUCCUCUUGGGCUUAUCCGCAGCCUUCAUUGGCACCGCUGAUCCGCGUGUCAGCAGCAUCAUUGCAGCUCAUGUGCCAGCUAUGCAUCCAACCGAAUCAGUUCAAUUGCAAGUCAGCCCGUUGACUCAAUCGGCAGGCUUUGUCAGCUUUGGUGUUUUACACUUAGGUACAGCGAAUAGAAGACUAUCCGAUGGUAUGUUAAGGGAGAUGGGAAGAACACGGCGGGUUUUGACGGACACGCCGGAUGGCUGUCGGGAGUCAUACACGCUUUGUGCGGGGCUCGGGUACGGACUAGUGAUGCUGGGAAAAGGGACGGAAUCUGAUACUCCAGCUCACAAGGACUUGAUGCGAACGUUUAAAAGUUUAAUCCAGGGCGAUGGAGCUCAUCCUUUACCAGGCCUGAAUCAACCAACGACGACGAUUGAUGUUUCGGUGACGAGCCCAGCAGCGACCCUUGCAUUAGCCUUGUUGUAUCUCAAAACUGGAAGGUCUGAGGCCGCCAUGUUAUGCGAGAUUCCACAGACGCCAGCAAGACUGGAAUACAUCAGACCGGACCUAUUGAUGAUUAGAACGUUGGCUCGAGGUUUGAUCAUGUGGCAUUCCAUCAAAGUGCACAUGGAUUGGAUGGAAUCAUUUGUCCCGCCAGUGAUCUUAGAAGCCAUCGAUCGAGCUGAGAAACAGAAGAAGAAAUUGCGGCCCGAUUGGGAGAUGUCUUACUGGUCCAUCAUCGGUGGAGCAGCAUUGGCAAUGGCUCUGAAGUAUGCGGGAUCCGCUGACUGUGCUGUUCACUCAAUCUUGUUAACACUGUAUGAUCGAUUAUUUAAGGCUGUUUCGAAACCUGCCUUGCAUGUACAAGCCAAAGUCCGUAGAGCUUGUCUCCGAGCUUGUCACAACGUUGUCACGUUAGGACUUGCUAUAGUUAUGGCCGGGACGGGAGAAUUGGAAAUUCUGAAGCGAUUACGACUAUCACAUGGCAAUACAACAGAGACGACUGGUUACGGCACUCACGUGGUUACUCAUCUCGCGCUUGGGUUACUAUUUCUAGGCGGGGGACGAUACACCUUCAACACGUCCGACCGAGCAGUCGCCUGUUUGGUUUGUGCACUAUAUCCGAUCUUUCCUAGUCGGAGUGAUGAUCAUGUGCACCAUCUACAAGCAUUGCGACAUAUGUGGGUUCUGGCAGCAGAACCGAGAUGUCUGGUUGCUCGCGACGUUGACCGAAAAGGGGAGCUCAUCUUUUUGCCUGUCAAGCUCAAAAUGCGACAACAACCAUCUGGAUCUACUACUCCCUUAAACUCACUUGAUAGUGAUACACAGAUGAAUGUUGAACAACCCAUGCCACCUCGAGAAAAACUAAAAACGAAACUCUUGACGGCUCCAACAUUGGUUCCUGAGAUGGACAUGAUUCAGAGCGUCAAGGUCGAAUCUCCCAGGUACUGGCCGUUUGUUUUAGACCUUGCUACCAACUCGCAUCACAGGACCUAUUUCUCGAAAUCGUUGAGUUUGUGGGUAAAACGAAAAGUCGGUCAUCUGAGUUAUUCACAAGAUCCAAAGGGAGCCAAGAGUAUUGCCAGUCGAGGUCGAGGAGCAGAAGAAAUGAUGACAUGCGAGAUCGAUCAGUUCGGGCUUCGAUCGCGAGGGAUCCGAAGGGCGAUGAAGUCAAGAUCGAUCGCUGAAAAGUCCGCGAUGGGUGAAGAAGCUCCUGAAAACUUGUACGAAUUGAUUGAAGGGUUUGAUCUGGAUGAACAAUCUAUCGGAUUGAUGGAUUAUCUUGGCACAUUAGCACCACCCAGAAAAAAAGAGAAUGUGUCACAACUGGACGUCGAUUUAUCAGCCUAUGCUUCAACUGCCUUGCUCCAAUGCCUCUUGGAGGAUAAACUCGAAAUCUUCCCUACGUAUCUCGCCCUGUUUGCUUGCUCGAAGUCUGCCGUCGAUUAUCAGACUCGAUUAGCCACCCAAUACAUACCAGACCAGGAAUGGCAGAUCUCGAACUUGGUCAGGUUUUACGGGAAUAAUCAGUGCCUCAACGAGAUCGGAUCCAAAUUUCCUUAUUCCUCCUCGUAUUCAAGUUCAUCGCUCCUGGAUAGAAACUUAUUAAUUCAGACCCAACAAUACCAUCAGCAAGAGGUGAUGGAAUGGGCCGAUAGUACCCGAGGGAGUCAACUGAUUCUCAAAUAUCUUCAAUCUGAUGGCGGAGUGAUCCUGUCCUCUUCAAGUCAAUUUUACCCGCCCCCUUCCCCGCCGCAACUCAGUGGUGGUCCUACCCAGCCAGACCUGGAAGAUCGAGCAAGAUUUGACGAACAACGGUUGGCCGACUGGCUGAAACUGAUGAGGGUCCCGUUACCCAAAACAUUGAAGAUCUUGAGAGCGUUCUUGACCAACCAAAUCCACACCGAUUAUCGACACGCAGAAAAGCCGGAUCCAAAUGCUGCUCUCGCUGAAUCCUCUUCUUCAGAUCAAUAUCUCAAGUAUCAAUUGCUCGUCAAAAAAUUCUUGCAACUUCCGCCCGGCUCCGAUCCUUCAACCCACUUCCUUGGAAAAAACCUGGAAGAUCAUCACUCGCAGUUCUUCAAGCUUUUGGUCGAUAGCUGUUUUACCCCUUAG